UCUGCCAUGCAUGCUGUGCGUCAAGUGCUGCUGGGACUCGUGCGGGCUGUACAAGCGUCGCCUCAAGGACCCUCGCCGCCUCUACGCGCCCGGUCGCCUCUUCCACAUCCUCUACACCUCCGACUUCAGCUGCCAGGAGGAGGAGCCACAGGUGAAGACCGCCGUACCGGUCGAAGACCGCUUUGAAAAGGUGGUGCUGUCCCGCACGGCCAUCGACGACCAUUCGAUCGUCAUCAUCGAGCGCCGAUCAACGGUGGCGGUGGAGUCUCUAGAGCUGCGGGAACAGGCGGAGCAGGAGGAGGAGGAGAAGACACCCCCGGAGCAGCAGCGCAUGAAGCGCUCUUCAACCAUGAAGGAGCGCCAGCACCAGUACGCCCAGGCGCUUGAGCGCGCCCUCACUCUCCACGUGCCCGAUGCCGCCAGCGCUGAGGAGAUUCGGCAGCUGGUGGCUGCUGCUGAGGCGCGGGAGGAGGGGGUGAGUGAUAGGGCGGUGCAGGGGCACAGGGCAGAUAAAACGGGCGAGAAGGGAGAUAAGGGGGACAAGGGGGAGAAGGUACAGGUGAAGGAGAAAUCAGAAACGAUUGCACCUUCGCCAACAGCCGCAGCAGCAGGGGCAGUGGCAGUUGUUGCUGCUGUGGGGAUGGAAGGCGGCAAGGAGGCAGUGGGAGGUGAGAAAGAGGCGGAGAGGAAGAAGGAUGAGGACGAGACGAGCGAGAAGAGCGCCAAGAGCGAGACGCUGUCAGAGUUCUGGCAGAAGGAGCUGGAGGAGUUUCGGGCGAAGGAGAAACAAGCACUGCUGGAGGAAGAGCGGAAAGCCGAGGAGCGCGUGAGGCAGAUUGAGGAGCAGAGCCGUGCGGACAAGGCAGAGAAGGCGGAGAAGCGCCGAGCGGAGCAGACGGGAGGGGAGGAGAAGGAAGAAAAGGGCGAGGAGGCGGAGAGUCUAUCGGACUACUGGAGCAAGGAGCUGGCAGCGCUGCGGCGGCGCGAGGAGGUGGCGAUGGUGGAGAGGGAGGCGCAGGCGGCUGAGCGCAUCCGCGCGUUUGAGGAGAGGCAGAGGGUGGAGCGGGCGAGACGCGCCGAGGAGGGGGAGGCGGCCGAGCGGCUUUCGGAGUUCUGGGGAAGGGAGAUGGACGGGGAGAAGGGGGAGGGGGAGUGGGCGGAGAGGGAGGUGGAGGGCGAUGGGGAGGGGGUUGUAGCAGGGGGAGGAGGGGAUGUGGUGGUGGAGGUGGGCGAUGGGGCGGCGCGAGGCCCGGCAGAUGUGGCCAUCCAGGUGGAUGAAGGCACGGCGAUGCUACCCAAGACACCUCCACCUGCCACUGCCCCUGCCCCUGCCACUGCCACUGCCACUGCUGCACGUGCAGCUGGGGCUGGGGCCAAGGGCGAGAAGAGCGAGGCAGAGCGCGACGGGCAGCAGCACAGGCACGCACAGUUGGGGCGGGCUUUAACCACCGCACCGCAGCAGCAGCAGCAGCCGAGGGUGGAGGCUGCAGCAGCGCGGCAGCAGAUGGGGCGAGCGAUCACUGUAGGGUCAGGGCGAGAGGAGGAGGCAGCAGCAGCAGCGAGGCUGUCUGCAGGAGGGGCAGCGGCAAGGGGGGGGCUGUCUGCAGGGGAAGUGGGGGGGACGGGGGGGACGGGGGGGACCCUGUCAGUGAGGCAGAAGUGGGCGCGUAUAGUGGAUGAGUUGAUAGAUGCGGGGGAGGGGGAGGUGCACGGGGGCACACGCGACGCCGCCGAGGCUCAGCUUCGGGAGGCGCAGAGGAUCGGCAAGGAGCAGUGGCACAAGGCUCGGGCGGCGUUCCUGUCUGGUGUGGGUGGCCUGUCGAAGAAGGCCGGGAUGAACAUUGAGAUCUGA